AUGAAGGUCAAUCAAAGUGAGCUUGCUGAGUUCAUACUCUUGGGAUUCCCCAGUAGCAGGGAGCUGCAGGUCCUGCUCUUUAUGGUCUUUCUAGCCUUUUACUUCCUCACUAUCACCACCAAUAUGUUCAUUAUUUGUAUUGUAAGGCUGGCACCUUCUCUAUGGAAUUCUCCAAUGUACAUGUUUUUGAGUCAUUUCUCAUUUCUGGAGAUUUGGUACACCACUGUCACUGUCCCUAAAAUGCUAUUGGAUUUUGUAGCGGCCAACAAUAUUAUAAGUUAUCAAGGCUGCAUUGCCCAGAUUUAUUUUUUUUUUGCACUGGGACUCACUGAGCUCUUCUUUCUUGCUGUAAUGGCAUAUGACAGGUAUUUAGCUAUAUGUCAACCUUUACGUUACAACGCUAUUAUGUCAAAGACAGUAUGCAAUCAGCUCGCCGGUUGGUCGUGGCUUUGUGGCUUUCUAAGUGCUUUUCUGUUGAUUAUUCCAAGUUCCAGGCUCCUAUUCUGUAGUGCAAAAACCAUUAACCACUUCUUUUGUGAUUUCAUACCUUUGCUGAUCAUUUCCUGCAAUGAAACUUUGGUGACUGAUAUGGUCUUAUAUGCUGUGGCUUGGGUUAUAAUAUUCUAUUCAUUUUUUCUAACCACUGUCUCUUAUUGUUACAUUAUAAGAACUGUCCUGAGACUGCCUUCUAGAAUAGGGAGGAAGAAAGCCUUUUCCACAUGUGCUUCACACCUGAUUGUUGUCUUGACUUUCUAUGGCACAAUCAUUUUUAUGUACAUCCGCCCAACAACCCAAUAUUCCUUUAACAUGGAUAAGGUUGUGUCUGUGUUUUAUGCAGUUGUGAUACCUCUUUUAAAUCCCCUGGUAUACACUUUGAGAAACAGGGAAGUACAGCAAGCAGUGAGAAAAGCUCUUGCAAAAAAUAUAUUUGUUUAA